CUGUUGCACAACUGCGUUGUUUUCAUCUUGGUGGUUCUGUCACAGACACAUGCAGUGAUGGUGGAGGAUCGACCAGCAGGAAGCGUAUCAGAGGUGAUCAGCACCGUGACGGGUGGCAGUAAACCUGUGCACCGUUUCCUCAGAGGACAACCCAAGAGUAUCGGAGUUGUGCUGGUGAUGAUGGGUAUAGGUCUAUUCGUGUUUGGUAUUCCUAUGAAUGUGCAAUCAAAUGCACCCACCUCAGCAGAGCAGUUCACCCCAUUCUGGCUUGGGAUCCUGUUCUUUAUCUGUGGCCUUCUUUAUAUACUGUCUGAACGCAACCCCUCUAAAAAGAUAAUCACAGCCUGCCUUGCUCUGAAUAUCAUCUCAAUCAUUGGAGUGCUGUCUGCUUUGGUGGAAUUCUCCAAAGCAGUUGUUGGAAUCUAUCGCAUACAUGGGUAUCAAAUGUAUGAGAAUGUCACAGAGGAGGAGGAACUUCAUGCCAGACAACAUUAUAUGUCCAUCAGAGACAUGGAGCUGGUGUUCAGCUGUCACAGCUUGAUAGGAGGCAUUCUGCUUGUAACCAUGUCAUUCUUCGCCAGGGCAGCGCUGCGAUCCAGCAGGACUCAGGCUGUUGUUGUAAUGCGGAACCUUCCUUCAGCAGAGUGAACAAACAUCCUUCUUAAUGUAUGUGAAGAGGAGCUGACAUCUCUGGCAGCACAUUUGAAAAUUUCAAUAAUAACCAACUGUGAUCUUUAAAAUUGCAUAUAAACAGUGUAUUAAAUGGUAACAAAAUGGGAGUAGU